AUGGACGACGCACGACUCGCUUUCAGUAUAGCGAGAGAAGUUCUUUUCUCGUUCAACUUCGUCACAAUGGUGGAUCUAGAAAAGGUCCAGAACCUAUUGACUUAUACAUACCUUUCCCAAGGUAUCGUAUUGGAUGUACGACUAAUACUGAAGAUAUUCGGCUACCAAAAUCCGGAGCUUGAGACCGAGGUUAAGGUUGAUAGCCAAAAUAGGUGGAAUAGAGAACCUUCGCCUAUUCCAACACUAGAAGAAUACAUGCUCCAAUUCGCACCUACUCCAACACCGGACCCUGCGCUCCUAUCCACACCUAUGCCUACCCAGGACCUGGAGGCAAAUCAGUAUAGUUAUGACACGCCUUUGAGUUAUAUUCCAACUCCUUGGUCUAGCGGAGUAUCGGAAAUGUAA